GCGGCGGUCGCGCUCCGCAGUGCUCCUUGCUCCGCGCGACUCAGCGGCCGCCGGCUCGCAGCGCAGUUUCAGGAGGGAAACACAAAUCUGCGCUCCAAGAUUCCCGAAGAGUCGGCGUGAUGCUGGCUGCGACAGCGACCGUCUGCCUGGCCCUCUUCGUGGUCUCGGCAUGCGGCCUGCAGGAAAACCACGAGCAGAAAGUGGAGCAAAGUAUUUACCAGGCAGCUAUCAACAUUACCGACUGGCCUUUACAAGAAGGAAUCAUUAUGAAACCACAUGAUGGAGACACAGAGAUUCAAGAGCAUUCCACGAAGAAAGAGAAAAACAGAUCUAAACCUAUUACGUACUUGCCGGACCUGUUUGACGCCUGGAGGUCGCGCUACACCCUGGUGGACGGGCUGGGCUACUACCGGGUGGUGAAGGGACUACACCUCAACUGGGAGGCGGCGCGGGACGCCUGCCGCGCCGAGGGUGCCCACCUGGCCGUGGUCAACUCCCGGCGCGAGGCGGCCGCCCUCAGGAGGCUCUACUACGACGAGGGCAUCAAGACGGACCUGGUGAUCCGUCGCGCGUGGGUCGGCGCGUACCGGCCUCUGGGGCAGCAUCACUACGUCACGGUGCACGGAACACAACUAAAGAAAGCUGGGUUCAAUGCCUGGAAUGAUGAAAGAGAUGAUAAGAACACUGAAGAACGCUGUGUUCUGCUUAAUGUAGACACAGAAACACUACUUUCUAGUAUUCCAUGCAAAUGGCCUCAACACCACAUAUGUGAACAUGAAUUGUGAAGAUUGUUUCAGUAAUGAAAAUAAAAUACAUUUUACCUCAA